CGAGGAAUGGCCUCCGCAAGCGACCUAUCUCCUCCGCCCCCACGUGCAGCGACAAUCUGUCCUUUCCUCUCAAGCUGCAGAGAGGUAGCGCCCUUUGCUUCGGCUACAUUUCUCGCCUCCUUUCUGGUCCCACUUCGCCGCUACAGCAUACUACCACGUGCCCUCUUCUCCUCUCCACAUCCGAAGAUCACAGCGUCAGAGCACACAGCGAGCGCCAGGGGUCGCGGAAAAAACUCCGCAGGCUUGUUUUAACCCACGAGCAAGGCUGAAACGCGCCGCGCUUUGGCGGCAUCGCGUUAUCUUUCGGUGUCUGGCGGUGGUGCCGCCUGCUGCGUCAACCGAUCGCGCUUUGUCGUCUGCAAGAAAUAUCCCGCCGCCGAGUGUCAUACAACGUUUACGGUGGUGCGUGUGGUCUGCUGCUUCAACACGCGUCCGCGCAGUGGUGUCGCCUUCUGCGUCGUCCGAAUGCACCUUGUCGUCUGCAAGCAAUAAUCUGCUAUCGAGUGCCGCACCGGAACGACUGAAGUGUAGUCUUUGGCUGGAUCAGCCUAGUACGCGCCUGUGUCGCCUCCUGCGUCAUCUGAACAGACCUUGCCAGCAUGCAAUAAUCUGUCACAGAGUGUCAGAGAAGAACGUAUGCGGUAGUGUCGUCUGCUGCAUCAACGCGGGUGUCCGUGCUCCGUCUGUUGUGUCAACCGAUUGCACCUCGUCGUCUGCAAGCAACGAGCCGCUGAGAAUGUGAACGAAGAACGGUUGUUGUAGCCACCGCCGAUCACUGUUCCCCUUAUGUAAGGACUUCAUCGCAGCUGCAUACUGCGUUUGCCACGCGCAUCAAAUUUACGACGAGCUUUCCCCGUGUCGUCGGCGUCGGCAGAAGAAAAGACGAGAACGGCGGGCCUAGCAGACAACAGCCUGCAAACACAACGAGUUUGCCACAGCAUUUGAUGUAUUGGGCGCUUCUGCGGCGAGCCCGGGGCUUCGCUCAAUCGUGAACGUGACGCCUUUUCUAACCAGCAGCUCUUGAAGCGGCAUUCUUUUUGUUUUAUUUAAGGUCGCAUCGGGUGGUUAAAGAAGAACAAGAAAUGACCUCGAUAGUCGAUGUCCUAACUGGUUGGUUAGAACACAAGGCGAACUAACCUUUUCGUUGAGACAAACCAGGAACUACUCGUCAAGCCAAAUGCAGCUAUGAUGGCAACCUUGUUGGAUGUACUGCAGCAAAGCUGGAAGACUGUGAUAACGAAGGAGUGAAAUAGCCGCGCGUUUCUGGUUGCUUAACAGCACACGGAAGCAUAGCGUCCGGUUCGUUUUAUCUAUUCCUUUUUGUCUAUUUGUUUACCGCGCCAUCGUCUAAGGACUCGUUGAACUGUUUCAAGGGAAACAUCAGUGCUAAUGUUCGUGGGCGGCGGACGGUGCAACAUUUUGUAAAAAGGACCCUGAAUGACACCGGCGGAGCGGACGCCUGACGACAGCUGCGAAUCGGCACCGCCAUGACAGCUGGGGACAGCAAGGCAGGCGAUGACGUCAGCGUCGAAGUGGCCGCGGCCAAGCUGGCUGCCGAAGGCGCCAAUGGCGAACCGAUCAAGGAUCCCAAUGGCGGAUCGGGCAAGGGCUCCGACGGGCUGCCGUACUUGCGGCGUCACAGCAGCGUCCACAUGCUCGCCCAGGCAGCCUGGCGCGAGGCGGCCGGCAUCACGGCUGCCCUGGGCACGGGGCUCGCCAUCAGCGUCGGAGGGCUGCUCAUCGGACUCGUCGAGGUGAUACCUCCGCUGGCGGUGUCCGGACUGCGGUGCGUCUGCUCGGUGCUCUACCUGCUUCCCGUGAUCGCCCUGUUCCGACCGCAGCUGCUGGCCGACAAGGGAAACCGCAUAGGCCUCGCCGCCGUCUCCGUGGUGCUCGCGCUUAGAGCGCUCACCUUCACGCUGGGCAGCUCCACGCUGCCCCUGGCCGAGUUCUCGCUCCUCAUCAACACCAUGCCCGUCUUCGCGGCAAUCUUCGGCUGCGCCAUACUGGAGGAGCGCUGUGGGCCCCGCGAGAUGACGGCCGGCCUGCUGGUGCUGGGCGGCAUCCUGGUGGCCUUCCUGCCCACCUUGCUGCUGACGCCCGACGUGGGCACCUCCAUAUCGGGCAUCGUCAUCACGCUCGCCUGCGCAAUCUUCCAGGCCAUGGCGUUCGUCAUACUGCGACGCCUAUCUAGCCAGGUGUCGCCCAUCACGGUUUCCUUGUGGACUUCCGUGGCCACCGUGGUGUUGUGCAUUCCCCCGGCAGGGGCGCUUGGGCAGCUGCGGCGCCUGGACACCGAGCCCCUGGACUUGGCCUACACAGCGGGCGCGGGCCUGACGGCGCUGCUGACGGCGCUGCUCCCGACCAUCGCGUGCACGUUGGCCGAGGCCGGCCGCGUGGCCAUCGCCACCACGUCCAGCGUCGUCUUCUCGUUCGCUCUGCAGGCCGCCGUGCAGCUCAAGGCGCCCACGCCCUGGGCCCUCGUCGGCGCCGGUUUCAUCGUGGCCGCUGUCGUGUGCUCGAACCUCAAGUGGGAACCUUCGGUCGACAUCUUCGAGAAGCUAAAGCUCAAGGGCUCCGGUGAAAAGGACAAAGAACCGCUUUUCGCGGUCAAAGACUACGGAACAGUACCGAUGCCGUCGUCCACCAAGUCGCCCUGAUGCAUACGAACCUCUUCAAGUGCAUACUGACGGACAGGACACCCGGAUAUGCAGUGCAACGUUUCCGUUGUUUGCUGUACGUUAUUCUAAGCAAAUGUAGCGUCGGGAUGAAUUGAAACGCGAACGGCAAGAAACAAAUGAAAAACAACCUAACAAAUGAAAGUGCAGCGCGACAACACUGAAUGCCCGACUUCCCACAUCCAAGCCUGAAUCACGAGUAAACGUGGAGAAAGGUUAUUUGCAUUUCAA